CUUGCUGCUUCCUGGUUGGCUGUUCCUGCUGCAGGAAGCGAACAGAGCAGCUGCUCGGCGUCUGUCCAGCCUGAACCACAGCUGCUUUUGAGAGCAUGGCUGCAGGCGUAGAGGGGGCUCAGAAGAGGCCAGGGCCUGGACACCUGGCAGCAGGGCAGCAGAAAUGUGAUUUGGUCGCAGGGAAGUACCGCAUCCGGAAGUACGAGGACAGAGACUAUGACACAGCGCGCACCUUGUUUGCUCAAGGGCUCGAGGAACACAUUCCUGUGGCAAUAUGGCACCUUCUCCGUAGUCCUCAGAGCCACCUGGUGCUUCUGACUGUGUUCCUUGGGACCUACAUGAGCUCAGCUUCUCUUACCAUCUCCCUGGUGGCUGUGGCCGCUCUCUUGGCUGUAGGCGUGAUCUAUAUGAAGCGCUUGUGGGAAGGGUACAUCCAAGAUGCUCUUGCUGCAGACAUGCGAGACAUCAGGGGAACCUACCUGGAGCAGAAGGACUGCUGCUUCUGGGUGGUGGAGGCUGGGAAGGAAGUGGUAGGCAUUGUGGCCGCCAUCCAUCCUGACCACCCGUCUUUGCGGGGCAGUGCCCGGGAGCUGAAGCGAAUGUCUGUGAAGAAGGAGCAUAGAGGCCAAGGGCUCUCCAAGGCCCUAACCAAGACUGUUAUCCAGUUUUCCCAGGAGUGUGGCUAUAAAGAAGUUGUGCUGGGUACCUCCAUGGUGCAACAUGUUGCUCAACGGACCUACGAGAGCAUGGGCUUCCAGAAGGUCCUGGAGAUAAAUCCCUCCUUCCUGGCUAAGCUGUUCCGCUUUUACGUCUACUGGUAUUGCUAUAAAAUCCCAGGAAUUCUCUGAGAUCUACCUCAGAACAUAGUUCGCCACCCAGAGCAGAAGCGUCUGCUUGUGGAGCAAGUUCGACCUUCUGACCUGAUGGCUCAGCAGGAUUGCAGACUCACCCUCUCCUUGUUGGGAGUUCAGCCAACUGCUCUAAAGAGGCUCUGUGCGACCUUCACUCCACCUAAAGCUGGCUUCCCAACUGAAUCAGUGACCACAGACACCCUGUCAUCUGACGGCGUUGACGUGCCCUACAGCACACCUCAACGUCACCUGCUCUUGGAAGUGCUUACAGUCCUUUUAUGGACAGCCACAAACUUCUCACAGAGAUAUUCUCAUUUAAACCACAUUCUCCUUAAUCUGCCAACAGCUUGGAAGAGAAGGAACACACUGCAGCCUUUGUCACAAAUGCCAGAUCUGUGGCAGAGAGGGGGGAGUCCUCUCAGUGAUGUGGUGCCGAGUGGGGGAUGCUUCGCCUCCUUGGGGCCCCUUCCAGAAUUGUAGGACUACACUUUCCAUGAUCCACAGUCAAGCGGGCCGGUGUCGAUGGGAACUAGAACCCAGCAUAACUCAAGGGGCCAUUUCAUGGGGGAAGCCUCAUUGGAGCCCAUCAACUGAUUACAACCAGGACUAGCAGUUAGGGCUAUUUGCCAGAUGCAUCUGUUUCCAGCUGACGGUUGAAUUAAAUCUGCCUACAGCCAGCAUCAAAGGACAUUGCUUUCCAAUAAGCCUCUCAGGCUACAGGGAGUAAAAGACCAUGCUGAUGACCAGCAGGGCCCUUGGAUGUUUCUGUGCAAGAGUCGCAUUCCUGGGGCAGCGUGUUGUGGGGUGUGGCCUGUGCAGAAGUCUCAAAAUCGGGGCGACUGACAAGGCUGAACAGAAUGGGGCUGGCCCGGAAGGUAUCGAGGGGAGGGGCUUUUCCCACAAGAUCAACACUUCAUUGGCCUUCUUGGACCCUGCGCACCACAAAACAUCCUUCCAAGUGUAGAGUCACAGAAUCAUCACGGAGCUAGAAUGGACCUUGGGGGUCUUCUGUUCUGAUCCCCUGCCCACAGCAGACCAACCCAGACCAAUGGCUGCCCAACCUUGAAGCCCUCCAGUGAUGGAGCCUUCACUGUCCAGGUGGCUCUUCUGCUUAAGAGCUCUCACAGCCAGGAAAUUCCUCCUGGUUUUGAGUUUGGAUCUCCCUCUGUAAAGCUGCUAUCUGCCGGUUCUGGGCCUACCCUCAGGGGCUUUGAAGAAUAAAUCCACACAGUUUGCCCGAUGACACCCCUUCAAGCACUGGAAGACCGCAGGCCUGACUCCCCGCCGCUUUCUCUUCUUUAGGCUAAACAGACCCAAUUCUUUUUAUUCUUUUCAUAGGAUUUAGUCCUCAAGCCCGUCACCAGCUUUGUCACUCUUCUCUGCAUUUUUUCUGGUUCCCCGGCAUCCUUCCUGCAUUCUGGAGACCAAAACUGGACACGGCAUUCCAGGUGUGGCUUGACCAGUAGGACAGAGAGGAACCGCCUCUAUUUGCAAGCACACUUCCUUCCAGAUCACUAACCAGCAUAGAAGAACAGUUUUGGUGAGAGAUGAGGGGAAAAAGAGGACUUUAGAAAACAGAAAAGGCUGAGCGCGCCAAAAAGUACUGUGACGCUGAAAGUUUCACGGCACCUUCAGUGUUACAGCCUCACGUUACCUAUCGGUAGAGGGACGCCUAUCUAUUUCAUCACUUUCAAGAGCUUUGCCCCGUCCCACCUUUUACUAACUCACCUUCAUUUAUGAUUCAUCCUACACUGGAAGUUCUUAGAAAGGCAGAACAAAAC